AUGGACGCCAACACCGAGUUCGAAAUUUACACGACGGGUUACAGCCGCGUGAUGGCGUCGAUCGAGACGGAACGAUGUCGGACGCUGCCCGAUGGGAUCCUCCUAUGUCCCAGGCUCCUGGAGAACGGGACUCAGUCGGGACAUUUCUGGGUACGCAACGUCUACCCGCCCAUACAGGUUCUUUUUUUUUUGGAAUUUUUAAAAGUUAGGUUAAAGCUUUGGAAAUGAUUUUUUUGGGUCAAAUUGAUCUUUCUGAGGUUCAGGGAAAAAAACUAAAAGCCCCUACCCCCCUCGUCAUCCGAAGGGGUUUUCAAUGGAUUGUUCCAGAUUAAAUCUACGAAUUCAAAGAUCUAUUUCAUCCAAUGAAAAAAAUAAAUAAAUUGUAAUUGAAUAUUUUUUUGUAGGGGUAGACAAAAAAAUGUAGUCGUCGCGAAAAAAAUUGUUUGGAUUUCAGGAUUUCUUUGUAUCGUGUCUCAUUAAUUACAAACUCUUGGUUUUUUCGGUUUUUUUCGGUUUUUCGGUUUUCUUGGGACUAAUUUCUGAAGAAUUAGCUGGCCGACAAGGCAUUUUAAAUGAGGGAUUCCAGGAAAAUUGAUGCUAUUUUUGUCGCCAGAAGGAACUUUUCCUGUUGUUCUAAUGAUCUUUUUUUCUUUUUUUCGGUUAGAAAAAGUUUUUUUGAAUAGAAAAUAUUCAUAGAAAAAAAUGUCAAAAAUUUUAAAUUUUCGAAAUUUUUGAAUUAAAGGGUUUUUUUUUUGAUUUUUUGAAGUUUGGCCAGAACACUCUAUGUAAAUUAAAAUUCUACAAGACUCAGAAAUUCCCAAUUUUCAGAGAAGAAAGCCCAAAAAAGACUCAUUGAGCGAAAACUAGGAAUUUCUGCAUUCUCAGACUUUCAGAACCUUUUCCCGCUACGUCAAAGUAUAUUCUGGUCAGUUUUCGGAAAAUUCCGAGUUCAAAAGUAUAAUUACCUUUCUUCUAAGGAACAAAAAAAUCAAAAAGAUUUUGAGACAAGAAAAACUUUGAAAAAUUCGAUUUUUUUUUGAUUUCUGGCGGAAGUGGGGAAAAGUUCAAGGUACAGGUGAAAAUUGAGAGAAUUUACUUAAUUUUUGUUAGAAAAAAAGCCUGGAAAAAUAAAUUAAUUUCUUUAAAUUAUUUCAUAAGCUUUUUGGGAAAAAGUUCACGAACCAGGUGAAUUUUUUGAGAUCGAAAACUCGGAAUUCUUUGAAAAAGUCAAAAAAAACCAAAAAAAAACUUCUCCCACGCGGAUUCCCCACACGCAAUGUUUCUUGAUCAAAGUUUGCGUCGGGACAUUUUUCGAAGAAUCCAUUAAUUUAUGAAAGAGAAACAGGGAUUAUAAUUAGCCCACCGCCUCUCAUUUAUUUUAUUUUUUCUCACAAGACUUCCAGAAUAAGAAGUUCUGAGCAAAUUAGUCCCAAAAGUUGCUAUUUUUCUCACGCGGCAAUUUUUGGCUAUACGAGAAAGUUUUUCUGAAAAAAAACUCGAAGGCCGAAAUUUGAUAGGGAAAAAUGUGCUCCAUUGACAAAAAGGAUUUUCAAAGAAACUCGUGAAAAAAAUAGAAAUAAUAAAUUUAAGGAAAAAAAUUUAGGCUCAAAUGUGCUCCGAUGAUAAUAUGAAAUUUCAGAAAAUAAGGAAACAUAAAAAGCUCAAUAGAAACUAAAAUUCAAAAAAAAGCUCAAUUUUGACACUAAACUUCGCUCCAUUGAUGAAACAGUUACCUAAAAAAAAGUUAAAUAAGAAAAUUUUGAACAGGCUCCAACUGUGCUCCACCGAGAAAAAGACAGUAAUCUCAAGAAAAUAUCUGGAAUAAUCAAAGGAAAAAAAAACUUCCUCUUCCUCCAAAUUGUCUCCGUUCCAAUCUCAUUUUACCUCGGGUUAUUUUUUUUCUGAACAAAUUCAAUCUUUUUUCUUUUUUUCUCUGAGGGGGAAGGGAAGUUUUCAGGGUAAAUUUCGAGUUUUUGAAAGUCUCAAAAUUUUUUUUUUAAUUUUUGUAGAAUUUUUUCCAGGCCCAAAAGUGCUUCAAUUGUAAUUAUUGAAGCACUUUUGAACCUGGAAAAAAGAUUUUUACGAUUUUCACUCCUCUAAACCAGAUUUUUCGGAAGCUUCUCCCAAAGACGGCCAUUUUAUCAAUAGAGCACAUCAGAACAUCACAAAAAGGCCUUCUCAAAACAUUUUUCCAUUUUCAACAAAUUGUUGCGAACACUUGAUUUCCAACGUCUUUAGGAGGAUUAGAAGGGGCACAAAUUGCUUUUUUUCCCCUUCUCAUCAAGAUUUUCGCUCAGAUUAACGAAAAUUCCUUGUUUCCCUUUCUAAAAUAGACUUUUAAGGAAAACAAUGGAAAAAAUGAAAUGUGAACUUUGAAUGACAUCAUUCCACCUGCUUUUUGAACUAUAUCUCGAAAGUUCAAUCAGGUUUUUAACAGGGUAAUGAAUCGUAGUAAUAUUUUUUUUAUUCAAUUAUACGAUUAGCAGAUUUUCUCAUUCAUCUUCUCACCAAAAACUAAUCCAGAAGCACUCUACGAAUAGAUUAAUAACCACAAAAACUUCCAUUCAGUAGUGAAAAAUGAGUACUUUUUUUAAAAAAAUCACGUAGUUUAUAUGAUGGGGAUCAAAAUUCGUUAUGAAGAGUUCAUUGAGAACUCCGACAACCACAAAAAAUUGAUUGCAUCAAUAAUUAUGACGCACUCAGGGAAGGUUUUUCGAAUUUUUAAAGACAUUUUCCUCUGAGAAUCAUGUAAACUUUAUUAGGAAUUUUCGGCAAUUUUUUAAAUUUUACCGUGAGAAUAAAUCUUGAUAACAUUUUUUUAUUGAAAUUAAGCGAAGUUAAAAAAAACCCUAUGACGCACGGGAAACUGCUCUUUUUUUCAUCAAAAAAAUUUGAGGCAAUAAUUAUGACGCAAGUGAAAAAAAUUUUUCCGGGAAUUUUUUUAAAUUUAUUUUUUUCAUCAACACAUACGUUUUAAACGCGUUAACGGUUAACGUCUUACUUUUUAAAUGAAUUCAAUCGUAUUUUUUUAACUAUUCGAAAAUUAUUUAUAACGGGAGAUGCAUCAAUAUUUAUGACGCAGUCGAGAAGCCAUUUCAUUCAAAAAAAUACAAUUUUUUUCAAAGAAUUUUUUUUGCAGUCUCGUGAAAUCUUCUUAUUUUUGCGUUUUGGACAUCCCUAAGCUUUUUCAGAGCGAAGUUCAGAGCUUUUAACCAUUCCGAGUUCUUUCAAAAUCCAAAAAAUCACAUCCGCAUCCAUAAUUAUGACGCGAUUCUUGGAACCAAUAUAGUUUUUUUGCUGAUUUCACACCGGUCUUCACUUCCUGAAAGCCAGCGACAAGAAAAGAAACCCUCAUGAAUAUUCUCUUCAAAGCUUUUUUUUGUUUUGUUUUCCCCCCAGAAAAUGCCGUGACUUGGAAUUUCGAGGGCUACUAUUUUUCGAGGCUCCUCCAUGCAAUUAGGCGCCUUUUUUCGAUUUUCUGGGCUCAUUUAUUAAACUUUCUUGGGUUGUUUUCAUUAAAUCUUGUGAGAAAGGCUUGAUGAGCGGUUCGGAACGAGAUUGAACUGGUUUUUAAUGAAGUUUUGAGAUGUCUAGACGUUUUUUCGGGGUGUUUUUCGGAUAGGGAUUCUUUUUUUGUGAAAAAAAUUUCUGAUUUAAAAAAAUUGAAUUGUAAGACAAGAAAUGACCAGAAAAAGGAGGGAAAAAAAAAAUUAUUAGUAAUUUAAUUAAAGAAAUGUGAAGAAAAAUAUCAAAAAAAUGGUAUGAUUACAAAAAUCUCAAAAACUUUCAGACUUCCAAGCUUCAUAUCUUGUUUUUAAUUUGAAUUUUAAAAAAAUAGAAAUUUUAUCCCGAUGAUGCAGCUCCCACAUACGUAUAACAUAUACCUUCAGAGAGAAAAAGCUCAAAAAAUAAUUUGGCAAAGAGUCGAAAAAAAUUUUCAAUUUACAAGCAUUUUUUUCCAGGAACUCCAGCCCAAAGUCCUCAUCGUGGUGGUCGUCUUUGUCUUAUGCUUUAUCGUCGGCGUCUGCGGCAACUCUUCGAUUAUCACGAUCAUCCGCGGCGUCAUGGAAGACCGCCGGAAAAGGUUUCAGUGACGGAAGAGAUUAGGCUGGGAAGACAAAAAAGGAAAUUUCCCGAUGGAAAUAAACAUAAAGCAUGUGACUUCGAAGAGACAAGGAGGUUAUUGAGAAAUAUAGGGAUUUUUCUUGUAAAAUUUCAGGGAAAGACAGGGAAAAUAAGAAAUGAAAGUUAGUCUCGUUAAAUUUGCAAAAAAUGGGUCCUGGAACGAAGAGCGAUUUACAGUAAUCCAAGAACCCAUUGGUACCGUGAGAGUAUAGUCUUUUUUCUUAUGUCAAGCAGCUAACUCGGCUCCCCAAGCUACAGUAUCUUUUCGCGUCGAUGUUUUAUGAUAAUUUCGUGACGAUGCUCCUUUAAUAGAAUCGGAUUUUUUGACCUUUUUUCAAGCUGUAGGUCACGCGCUAUUAUAAAGAGCAUCAUUGAUGCGCAAGAAGAAUUCGACGCGAAAGAUACCGAUCCUCCGGGGCGGAUUGAGCUGCUUGGCAUUUAAAAAUAUGAACAGACUAUAAAACUCUAACGGUUACAGGGAGAUUUUGUAAACUGGCUCUUGGGUUACUGUAAGUCUUUCCUUUACCGUUCCAGGACCCAUUCGUCUCAAAUUUGAUCUCUUUAGUUUAUGAAAAGAUAGUGGUGGAUGUACUAUACUUGAGAAUUUCCAAAUUGACUUUAGAAGGAUCGAAAAUCUUCAUAUUGUCAUAUAAAGUUAAACAUAAAUGUUCAUUCAAUCGAAAAAUCAUUUUCAGACUUAAAAGGUCCGGCGACAACGCGAUCCUUUACAUUGCGGCUCUCUGCGUCUGCGAUUUUCUGAUGUCGCUGAGUUUACCGCCGGCCAUUCUGGUGAGUGGGAAAUUCUGUUUUUUGCCAUUCCAAACGGAAAAGCUCCUCUGGAGACUCUCAGAAGAAGCUGAAAAGGGAAAAGGUCCCACUGCUCGCAUGCUGAGCAGGGUAACCCCGCCGUGCUAACACGGGGUCUCAGCGGUUGCGCCCGUAUUAAACCCGUAUAAGCCCAGCUGGUAGAACUUUUGGCAAUUUUUAGCCCAACUGUGACCCCGCUUUAGCCCAGCUAGGUUACAUAUUUUUCUUACACCCGUUUUUCCCCCGUUUUAGCCCAACUGAGACUAAAAUAACCUCAGAAACACGGGUUUAAUACGGGUACACCCGUUGAGACACCUGAUCAGCAUGCGAGCUGGAAGCUUCUGAAAUUAUUAAAAAAAUCCUUACGAAAAUUUUUGAGACUAUUUGAGUCUCAAUUGGGCUAAAACGGGUGCUAUAAGAAACCAGCCGUUUCUUCGAAAAUCCGAGACCCAAAUGGGUUGAAACGGUGCCUUGUAUUGGGGGUUGCCAAAAGUGUUCUAACAGCCAUGCUUAUACGGGCCCAAUACGGUAGCGCCGGCGGAUAUCCCGCACCUAACCUCCUCAACAUGAAACUUUCAAAAAAAAAAUCAUCGGUUUCCAGGACAGCGUGAUCGGUUUCUGGAUCUUCGGCACUUGGAUGUGCAAAAUUCAUCACAUUUGCGGCAGCGUCAGCCGAAUCGUCAGCACUUUUCUGAUCACGGCGAUGAGUUUUGAUCGUUACGUCGCCGUUUGCUAUCCCCAUCAGCACCGUCUUCGGAGUCGCACCUUCGUCCUCGGCGUCAUCACUUGUUCGUUUAUUAAUCAUCAAUCUCUUCAAAAACUAUCUGAAAAUACCGUACACUUUCCGGAGAGAACUUCGCUUUGAGACCCUUAUAUGGGUUUUCGAAGCGAAAUCAAAAAAAGCUGUAGUUACGGUAGCUUCAAUUCUUCUGUAUUUUUACCAUCUGAAAGGAUUUUCGAGCAGUUUUUUUUUUACUAGAAAACUUCCAUCGGAAAUUUUCGCUUUGAAACCCCUUUUUUUGGGUUUUCGAAACGAAAUCACAUAAAAAGCUCUAAUUACGGUAGCCUUCCUUCUUUUGUGCUUGAAAAACUGGACCGUAUCGAAAUUUAUCUUAUGAAAAGACUUUUGAGCAGUUAUUUCACCAGAAAACUUCCCGGGGGAAACUUCGCUUCAAGACCUUUUUUACGGGUUUUCGAAGCGAAAUCGAAAAAAAGAGCUGGAAUUACGGUAGCUCUCCUUUUUGUGUUUGAAAAACGUGACUGUCUCGAAGUUCACCAUAUAAACUGGUUUUUUGCAAUUAUUCUAUUUCUCCGGUCAAUUUUUAUCCUGAAAAUAAGCUUUUUUCGCUUCCUUUUGUAAUAUUCUUAGCCCGAAAAUAGCCCUGAAUGGAUAAACUGGAUUAAUAAGAGCCAAAGUUAAUUAAUUUGAACGCGAAUGGGGGAAGCCUUUUCCUCGAUAGAUUAAAAAUAUGGCUGGAGAAGGAGAAUAUUGGCUUUGGUGUCUCAAUGGGGACCAUUGUAAGGAAGUCGUAGAAAACCGUCGUUUUUCUUGAACUUUCGAUUUUUUCCUUCUGUGUAAUUCGGACUUUGCCUCGAUUAUCAUAUGAUUUUCAAGUUUCAGGCCUGUCGACAGUGGCAUUCGUACUGCUCCUGCCGAUGUUGACCUACGCCCGAGCCAAAGAAAUGGUCCUCCACGAACUCCACGCGCCGGAAAGUGCGAACAUUACACGAGUCCGCGUUUUCAAGUGCUCCGAUAUGAUGCCGGCUCCCAUUUUCUACUGGUUCACGUCAACGUAAGUAUUUAAGAAUAGCAUGUAAAAAUAUAGAGAAGAAAGAAAACCAAAAUUACACAUUUUCCCGUGAAUUCGGAAAAAAAUCCGAAUUUUCAGAAAAACUUGUGUUUUUGCAACAAUUAUGCUCUAUAGACAAGUCGAUUUUCCAUUUUUCCAAAUUUUUUUUUGUUCGAAUUUUUGAAGUUUUUGCUUUUCUUUUCGUUUUUUUCUUUUAAUUGAAGUUCUUUAAUGGUUUUGAACAGGGAUUCUCCGUUUGAAAAAAAGUACCUAUUUCGAUGAAAUCCGUAAAUAUUGGUCAUGAAAUGUCGGCGUAGUGAAGAAUAAUGAAAAAUUUCUAUUUUUUUCUUUGGUAAUGAAAUUAUUUUUUUGUUUAGAAAACUCCAAAAGUGUUUUUUUCAGCUUUUUUUAUAAAAAAAUUUUUUUAACGACGGUCAUCAAUUUUUCAGGCAAAAAUGCACGAAAAUGGUAGAUCUUCUCCAAUUUUUCAGUAUUUAAAAUUCUUGGAAACUGACUUUUUUCACUAUUCUUAUUAUUUUCUAGACGAAAUUUUAUUCUUUGUUUUUCAGGACGUUCAUCCUCGGCUACGUCGUCCCAUUGAUACUGAUCGUCUACUUUAACUUGAAGCUUAUCAACAAUUUGUAUGCACAUAAGAGGUGAGAUUCGGAGUUUUGAAGUUAUGCAAUAGUUUUUCAGGAAUUUUUAUUGUUUUCUAAAAAAUGUCAAAUUUCAUCAUUUUCUUGACGCUUUCACAAUAAAAAUACGCCUGCCCCUGGAAUUUUUCAAAUUUAAUUUUCGGGCCUUAAAUUAUCAUUGAACCUAUAUUUUUAAUAAUUUGCGAAAAACCAGCGUUUUUUUCUUUAACUUUUCCACGUUUUCCCUCAAUUUAUAUGUUUUGAGAGAGUUUUUAGUGCUAAUUUUCGAAUUUAAUCAACCUUAUUGAUUAAGGGUCCUGCCACGAUCGGCGAUUCCUGUCCGACGGGUCGUCAUUUACACGGUUCUCAUUGCCGCUGUUUAUUUUGUCUGUUGGACUCCCUAUUGGUUGGUUUUUAUACCUUUAUCAUCACAUAUUCAAACCUUAAAAAGUUUUUGAUUUUUUGAAGCGUUUUUGACUGAGUAUUCAACAAAAAUCAUAAAAUCUUGCGCCAUUAAAAUCCCAAUUUUCAUCAACAAUGCUUCGAUUCCAGGUUCUCCGUCCUGUACGCCAUCGUGAUGUCGCUUCUGGGAAAGUCGGCGACGCAUUCUGAACUUCUUCUCUUCGUCAUUUACUGUGUACAUCUUCUGCCCUACUUUGGCACGUCUUCUAACUGGAUUCUUUACGGCCUUCUGAAUACGCAGCUUCAGGUUGGAUUUUUAAAAGAAGUCAGAAGAAAAAUAGGUCUAGAAAAACGGAAAGUUUAGACUUUAUGAUGAACACUUUACAUAUAGAAAAAAAUUUUUCGAGAUUUUUAAAUUUUAUAAAAUAUUAAAGUUGAAUAACUUUGAGAAACCCUAUGGUCCACUUAAGGGGUUCCUCAAGGACUACUAGGAGAGGACGCUGAAGUGACCACCAAAACCAACUGUAUAGCAACCACUUUUUUGCGUCUUAGUGGCCACUAUAGUAGUUUUAGUGGUCAGUAGUGCCACUCUGACUUCUAAAGUGCCCACUUAUUUCCAGCCACUCAAGUGAUCACUUGUCAAACUGCUAUAGGGGCCAUUAAAACUUCAAAACCCUAAAGAGCCCACUAAAUAUUUCCCCAAUGCGUUUUGUUUUAUGAGAAAACUAUGAAGAACAUUUGUAAGUUUUUGAGCCUUAGGCCAGAAAAUGAAUUUUUUUUUCUUCUUAAAUAUGAGGUUCUGCAUCAAAUUUUGUCAAUGGAAUCAGGCUUAUUCUCCAAGUUUUAACGUAGAUUUUUGUUUCUUAACAGUUUGAAUAUAUUUAUUUGGAAAUCAUCGAAGAAAUAUUUGAAUUAUUAACUUUUUUUUUCAUGUCAUCUUUGACUUUUUCUGUAUUUUUUUUUACUGAAAAAUUGAAAUUUUCCUCAUUUUUAGAUGAAAAACGAAUACAGCCAAGAUGACCACGUCAGCAUUAUGACAGCGAAUGGUGAUCAUCCCAAAAGGUUCUUUUUUUCUUUCUUUUUGAUGUUGAAAUAUUUAUUUGAAUAUUGGAUUUCGAAGAAUAAUUGCGGAGGAAGCUUUUAGGUUAAUAAGUACGGGAUGACAAAGAAAUGUAUUAAUAAUAAUAAUGGUUGGAUGGAGCAAAAAAAAAAUUUUAAAAGAGAUUUUUUUUCGCUGUUCUAGUGCCGGGAAGAUCGUUUUGGGCAUAUGUAGAUUUUUUUGAAAAUUUGGUUUUUUAGAAUUGAUUUCUUAUGGAGGAGGGGCUUCUUAGAGACCUCGAAAAAUUCCGUAGAAAGGAGCAAAAAAUUAUUUUUUUCAAAAAAAUUCGGGCUUUCAGUCACCUUUUUUUGAAGUUUCUCUGUUUUCCCUCAAUUUUUCAUUUCUUGGAAAAAAAAAUUUUAAAAAUGCCCAGGAAAAACUUUUCAAAGGCUAUUUUCACCCCUCUUUUCUUUAGGUCUUUCUGAAUUUAUGGAAUCUUAAGAAAACAAGUUUCUGCUCUCAAAAAUGAGUACAAAAGUUGGAAUUCAGUUGCAGAUCGACGAGCCGAAGCGUGUGCGACGCCCCGACUCCUACCGCCCGAACCAUCGACCGAUUCGGCAAAUGGAACACGACGCCGUUGAUCCGACAGGCUUCAGACGCUUCCAUGAUCUUCUACCAGGACACCGAACAGACCCAUCUUUGA